CCAUGUACUACCGGGGGCGGGGCUGUCAAGGGAGGAGGAAGAUGGCGGCGGGGGCGAGGUGAGGUGUUGGCAGUGGAAAGGGGUUCGGGCGUGGGGGGCGGGGGUCGCGGGGCGAUGGCCCGCUCCGGCCGCAGGGGCGGAUAAAAAGCCGUCACGCCGCGGGAGUGGGCGGGAGGGAGAGAAGGUGCCCGAGCGCCACAAGAGUAUGACGGGGCUGUACGAGUUGGUGUGGCGGGUGCUGCACGCGCUGCUCUGUCUGCACCGCACGCUCACCUCCUGGCUCCGCGUUCGGUUCGGCACCUGGAACUGGAUCUGGCGGCGCUGCUGCCGCGCAGCCUCUGCCGCGGUCCUAGCGCCGCUCGGCUUCACGCUCCGCAAGCCCCUGGCUAUCGGCAGGAACCGCCGUUACCACAGGCACCCGCGCGGGGGGUCGUGCCUGGCCGCCGCCCAACACCGACUGCGCUGGCGGGCGGACGGCCGUUCCCUGGAGAAGCUGCCUGUGCACAUGGGCCUGGUGUUCACCGAGGUGGAGCAGGAGCCCAGCUUCUCGGAUAUCGCAAGCCUCGUGGUGUGGUGUAUGGCCGUGGGCAUCUCCUACAUUAGCGUCUACGACCACCAAGGUAUUUUCAAAAGAAAUAAUUCCAGAUUGAUGGAUGAAAUUUUAAAACAACAGCAAGAACUUCUGGGCCUAGAUUGUUCAAAAUAUUCACCAGAGUUUGCAAAUAGUAAUGACAAAGAUGAUCAAGUUUUAAAUUGCCAUUUGGCAGUGAAGGUGCUGUCCCCAGAAGAUGGAAAAGCAGAUAUUGUGAGAGCUGCUCAGGACUUUUGCCAGUUAGUAGCCCAGAAGCAAAAGAGACCCACAGAUUUGGAUGUAGAUAUGUUAGGCAGUUUACUUAGUUCAAAUGGUUGUCCUGAUCCUGAUUUAGUAUUGAAGUUUGGUCCUGUGGACAGCACAUUAGGCUUUCUUCCCUGGCACAUCAGAUUGACUGAGAUUGUCUCUUUGCCUUCCCACCUAAACAUCAGUUAUGAGGACUUUUUCUCUGCCCUUCGUCAAUAUGCAGCCUGUGAACAGCGUCUGGGAAAGUAGUGGUCAUAGGUUGCAUAAUUUGAUUUUAGGCUUAUGGAGGAAAGGACCUAAGUGACUCUGAUGUUUACAAAGCACCCUGUACACACUAGUUCAUAAUCCUCAUAAUUUAUCAGCAAAUACAAAAAAGUGUCUUACUUGAGAUUGAGUGAGUGUGUGUGUGCGUGCGUGUGUGCACGUGCACACAUGUGCACGUUUGUAUGUGUGGAAAUAAACUUAUAAAUGGGGACGUAUUGGAGAAGGAAAUAUAGAGACCUACAACUUUGAGCAGAUAGCAACGAUGUUUUAGGAACUGGAAUGUCACACUUAACGUUUUCAGCUCCAGCUACUUCCCUGUUUUUGUGGGGAGAAGAGGGCCUGGAAGAACUUUUCACGUUGUGUUUGAUGGGAGGGGAAUAAUUUUUGUUCAGUCCUUCUUAGUGACCAAAUUUUAAUUUUUAAGAAUAAUAUAUUGACUUACUGAAUUGAAGCAUUCUGAGUUUAAAGGAGCUCCAGAGGAAUGGAGUUCUGUGUUGCUCAUGUGUUAAAAGCUUGCUCACCUUCGGAGAGAGCAGAGGGAAUACCUAUCUUCAUAUAUCCGUCCAUUUUCAUCUCUUUAUUAUAGUCAAACAUUGUGACUUGAGAGUGUUGCUCUGGUGUCUGCAUUCUGGGUUAUGAAGAUUAUUUGAAAAAUAACUCUUAAUUGAAAUAUAGACUUUAAAAAAUUUAAAUAUUGGAUUAGGCAGUCGAAAAAAGCAAACAAGCAUAAAAGGUGAAUAUGCUGUAAUCUUAAAAGUAAAGAUGGAGAACUCAUUUUAAAAGGAAAGUAAGUUUUGUUUUCCUUUUUUGUUUGAUGGGCAGCAUGCCAUAUUAUAGCCAAAGUUGGUUUAAAAAAUAUUUUCACCAACUAUUUUUAUUUAAAAUAAACAUUUGAGGGAAGUUACUAAGGCAGCUUUUUUCCUCAAAAGUAACCUGUUACUCUUUGGAAUAGCACAUUUUAGGGCCGUGGUUAAUGCCUGAGACUUUUACUCAGUAAUCCCUGAUGAUUACUGUGUAUAAAAGGAUUGAAGGCCUCUGUGGGGAAUAAAAUAUUACCAAAGUCUAUAAAAAUAAAUUUUACAUGUUCUCUUUUA